UGCAUGGCCUGGUUUUCAGCAGCAGUUUCUUCAGGAGUUCCUAUUGUGUUUGUCAAUAUCCAAACAGAACAGACUCUAAAUGUGGAGAAAACUUUAUGCACAGGCAAAGAAUUGAGUUGGGGUGGGCAGAAAAGCAAUAAUACACCUGUUCAGAUAUUGCAAGGGAUAAGACUAUGGUUUCUACCUGGAGUUGCAGAAAUUCUGCUUGAAAUGAUACCAGAACCUGGAGAAACUCGUUUUGGAAUGGACAUCAAACGAAUUGAUGAGGGCUUUGUAUGUGUCUGCUCAGUGACAAAAGGUUCAGCAGCUGAACGUGCUGGCCUUAGCGACCUAUAUGAAGAGGCAAAUAAAGUCGGCCACCUACUUGUGAUUUCUCGAUUAGAAGGAAAGAGCCUCAUGCCUUCAAGUGUCUGCUCGAUGGGGCUUAUACACUGUUGUGAUCACAAUGAAGUUAAGGACACUCUCAUUUCUUCCAUUGACGAAAUGGAUUCAAUUCAAAUCCACCUCAUGGCCUGGCCUAACCAGACUCAUUCUAGCAACACUAAAGCAAAUGGUGUUGCAAACCUUCAACCUCCAAAGGGUCUUUGACAAAUUUACUCUUAUUAUUUUGCAAAAUAACCAACUUCAACCACUGGAAUCGGGAGGGAAAUGUCAUAUGACUGGUCAUAUCAGCAAGGGGAGGGAUAAUGUAUGCAAUUUAUUGAACUUCAGAAGAAUUACUUGUAAAGUCAGUAAUAUGCAACCCAGAGGUUAUAGUUGUAUGCAAACAAGUUUG